CUUAUAUCUAAACGGCAGAAGCUCUCCAGUUUAUCUCGGCCUCCUUCCAAAACCCGCUAGAUUCUUCUACAUAUGUCCACUUUCACGUCCACCCAUCUGGACCAGAUGAUCUGGACACCUUAACGUUCACCCAAGACUUUCUUUUGAAAAACUCAAACGUCAAGAACUAAGCACCGCAUACCUUCCCAUCUUCAAUCCCGACACACGUCCUUGGGUUUGUUUCUCUUGCUAGAGACCCAAAUACAAAUGGCUGCAGAUAAGGAUAAGGAGACAGAAGCUGAGUUCUUCUUCUUGGACGAGAAUGAUGAUGAUCAUGAAGGUAUUGAAGUGAACAAGAUUUAUGGUGGUGGAAGUGGUAUUAGCAGUAGUGAUAUUGAAAAUGGUGAGGAAGGUGUUCAUCUUCAGGGUUCAUCUUCUGAUGCUUUCGCAUCUCAGCAAUGGCCACGGAGCUACCGAGCAACUACCGAUUCUUAUACCAUCACAGCAUCACCGAGUUUUGGUUUACUUGGACUUGGUUCAAGUGCUAUGUAUUCAAGCUUUGAUGAUCAUACUAAAAGUAAUUCAGAUCUGGAUGGAAAGUCUCCUUUACUGUCUGAUUAUGAAAGAACUCAUCAGAGGGAAGACUUGGAUAAGAUCUCAAGAGCUCAGUCAUCAUUAGCAGAGAAAGCCUCGUUGAAUAAGCAGCUUACUGGGGAGUUACCUAUUGGUCAUGGCUGUAGCCUAACUCAGACUGUCUUCAAUGGAAUUAAUGUGUUGGCUGGAGUUGGGCUUCUUUCUACACCUUACACAGUGAAAGAAGGUGGCUGGGCAAGUUUAGUAGUGCUAGUUCUUUUUGCAGUUGUAUGUUGUUACACUGCCUCCCUCAUGAGAUACUGUUUUGAGAGCAAAGAAGGUAUCAUGACCUACCCAGACUUGGGAGAAGCUGCCUUUGGACAAUUUGGACGUCUUUUCAUAUCUAUUCUUUUGUACAGUGAGUUAUAUUCCUAUUGUGUAGAAUUUAUUAUUUUGGAAGGAGAUAAUCUUACCAAACUAUUCCCUGGGACUUCAGUGGAUUGGGCUGGUGUUCAUCUGGACUCUAUGCAUUUGUUUGGGAUUCUAGUUGCCCUGAUUGUUCUGCCAACUGUUUGGUUGAGGGAUCUCCGUUUGAUCUCAUACCUUUCAGCUGGUGGGGUCCUUGCAACAGUUUUGAUAGCCCUGUGUGUAUUUUUCCUUGGUACAACGGAUGGUAUUGGGUUCAAUAAAUCUGCUCAAGUAGUGAACUGGAGUGGCAUUCCAUUUGUCAUUGGUGUGUAUGGAUUUUGCUAUUCCGGGCAUUCUGUGUUUCCAAAUAUCUACCAAUCAAUGGCUGACAAGACGAAAUUUAGCAAGGCACUCGUAAUAUGUUUCCUUUUGUGUGUCUUUAUAUAUGGGGGUGUUGCUGUCAUGGGAUACCUCAUGUUUGGUCAGCAAACAUUGUCCCAGAUAACUUUGAAUAUGCCACCAAAUGCAUUUGUUUCCAAAGUUGCAAUUUGGACAACUGUUAUUAACCCAAUCACUAAAUAUGCUCUAUUGAUGAACCCUUUGGCAAGGAGUAUCGAGGAGCUGCUUCCAGUCAGAGUUUCAAGUAAUGUGUGCUGUUUCAUUCUUCUAAGAACAGCACUUGUCAUUUCUUCAGUUUGUGUGGCUUUUCUUCUUCCGUUCUUUGGUCUUGUGAUGGCCUUAAUCGGUUCUUUCCUUAGUAUACUUGUGGCAAUUAUAAUGCCCGCUUUAUGCUUUCUAAAAAUCGUUGGGCAGAAAGCUUCAAGGGCACAGAUUAUUUCAAGUUCCACAAUAGCUGUAUUGGGCGUCAUUUGUGCAAUUCUUGGGACAUAUUCUUCAUUGUCAGACAUUACGAAGAGCCCUUGAAACAUUCAUCUGGUUGAACAUCUCAACACUUCUGGUGGGUACUCGCCCAGUUAUAUGUAUGCUAAUUUUCAUCGCAGCUAAUUUUCAACCCACAGGUGACAGAUUGUGAAAGGAAUUAGACCUUUUUGGAUGUGAAAAUCAUCAUAUGUUUAUAUGCAGCUUAUGCGUGAUUGUUGGGAUAUGAUUCUAAGAAUUAAGUUUGCUUAUUUCUAUACUUUUGGAACAAAUGAAUUGGUUGAUUUAAUUUGA